UAUUCAAGUUUUGUUUGUAGACUACCUCAAGUAUACACAAUCUGCCGGUUUAUAGCACGUUGAACCACAUAAACAUUUAAAUGUGUCUGGAUGCUGUCGGCUGUCAUUUUACAAAAACAAAAAUUCGAACAAAAACAUGUUUAGAAGCUUGCUGUGUUGUAAACGUUUACUGACGUCUGCUUCAAGAUGUACACAUGGAGGACUUGGUUUACCUAAUGUGCGAAAUAUCAAACCAAUGCCUUCAGCUGUUUUGAGCCUGGGACGACCUCUUGACGAUUGUAAAUCGUUUCAAGCAAUGGUACAUACACAUGCGCCGAAAUUAGCUGCAAAAACUAUCAAAGUCAUCGACGCCGGGAAAAAAAUGGAGAUUACAUGGAACAACGGUGAAACAUCGAGAUUUCACGCUGUGUGGCUGAGACAUCAUUGUAGAUGUGUCGAAUGUUACUGCCCAUCAAGUAAUCAGCGAUCAUUACACUUCGACGAGCUGCCACUGGAAGUUCUCAUACUGAAGGCCACACUAUCAGACAGUGCCACAGUUCAAAUACAAUGGAACGAUAACAGUCACAUUGGGGAAUUUACGCCGGCAUUCCUGCAGAAAUACUGUUACUCUCAGAGCAGUUUGGAAAAGAAAAAGAAUUCUCUGAAAACAUCCUUAUAUACCAAGCCUUGUGUCCCCAGUGUUAUGUGGCAGGACUUGGAGGAGGAAAGCUACGUACACAAGUGGCUGAGUGAUAUCAACGAGCACGGGCUAAGUUUGGUCAAAGGCGCACCAAACACAAUCGAUUUGAUGUUGGAGUGCAUACCAAGACACGUAGCACCCCUGGUCAAUAGCACGUAUGGAAAGAUUUAUAAUGCGAUUGUCGAAGAAGCAAAUCCCAUCAAUUUAUCUUGUUCGAGGAAAAAGCUACAAUACCAUAUGGACAUGGUCUACUACGAGUCAACACCCGGGAUACAGUUUCUACAUUGCAUCAGAUUUGAUGAAAGCCUUGUAGGAGGGGAAACCGUCUUCGUGGACAUGUUCGCGAUAUGUGAGGAAUUUAGACGGACGAACCCAUUAGAGUUUGAGAUUCUUUGCUCUUUUCCAACUGCGUUUGAAGUAUCAAGCGAUACCCCAGUUAACUUGCUGAUAAUGAGGCCAGUAAUCAACCUUAAUAGAGAAAAAGAGAUUAUCGGGGUAUAUUGGAGCCCAAUGGCGUCCAGUGAAUUGCAGAUUGCAGAGGAAGACGUGCUGGAUUAUUGCAGAGCGAAACAGUUAUUUGCAAGAGCCAUCUCCAACUUUCACAUCCAAAAUAUAGUCAGACUUCGGCCCGGGGAUAUCAUCGCAUUCAACAACAGACGAAUGGCACACGCUCGAAAUGAAUUAUCCGGAAGUGGUGAAAGGCAUUUGCAGGGUUGCUACGUAAAUAGCUGUGAAUACAAAAGUCGUUUGAUCACUCUUGCAAGGAAGUAUGGAGAUGCGUCGUCAAUCAAGCGCGUCGGCAACAUGGAUUGGAUGUAGAAACCAUGACGGGCUUCACGUUAGGCUCGGGCCUUUUGAGGAUUAGUAUGAACGUCGUUGUUUACAAGUGUACACACAUCAGUAGACUACAUUGUUUUGAUUCUAUUUCGUGGAAUUGACUUUGUACAGUGUAACAAUUGGGUAUUGCGCAGAAUCAAUUUCGCUCAAACAUACUCAUAUAACGUAGUAUUUAAAAAUAGAUAUAUUUUGUGGCGUUGUACAGUGUUACUCAACUGAAUAUAUUCAAUGUUCUAUCAAAUGCCUGUUUGAUCUUUGUAUCGGUUGACAUUUUUUUAAAUUAUUAAUGAGAUCAAAUUGUA